AACCAUUUCUCUUCUCUUUGCUUUUCACUCAAUCUCUGCUCCCCCGACGACUUUUCUGAUUCUGCUUCACUGGGAUUUUGUUUCUCGUGGAGUCCGACACAAACUUAAGGAAAAGUAGAAAAAGAAAAAGAGGAGUGGACUGUGAAGGAGGAUCCGCCAUGGCCUCCUGGUUCAGCUGGAAUGAGCCUUACUACCGGAGCCCCCGGCGGGACCCGGCCGACGUGGUCACCGACACCCUGAUGCUGGAGUUCAACUGGCAGCUGAAGGAGGCCGAGAGGCAGCAGAAGGAGAGGGAGAGCGAGUACCGGCGCCUGAAGACCGGGGUGGACUACAGCUGGCUGGCCAGCACCCCCCGCUCCUCCUACAGCAUCCCCACCGGCGAGAGGCUCAGCCUGGAGGACAUCUGCUCCAAGGUGCCGCCCUCCUGCUGCGGCCUGGUCAUUCUCAAGUUCAGGGAGGCCAUGCAGGCCAACGAGCCCGAGGUGCAGGAGGUGUCGGACCUGUUCCGCUCCGUCCUCCUCGAGGCUCUGGACCACCUGAAGGAGGAGCAGGAGGCGCAGCGGCUCGCCCGCCAGUGGAACAACAAACGGGCCAUGAGCGUGUCCCUCGUGAACUUCAGGUCCCGGAUCAAGAUCAACCCCUUCGGCAGCACGGUGGGCCUGACCUCCUCCGCGGCCGAAGGCGCCGGAAUGAGCGACCUCAAGACGGUGUCCGAGGAUGUGGAGAGGGGGACGGAGAAGGAGCAGCGGGUGUGGAGCAUGCCCGACUUCAGGCACAAAGGAGCCAGCAGCAGCAGGGUUGUUUGACAGUGGGGCCUUCAAGAGACGAAAUUCUGAGGCGGGACAGAUGCUGACCUCCUGACCUCUGCUGUUGAACGUCCAGUUUGCAUCAGGCGACGGAGGAGGAGUCCCAUCAUCCUCCUGUUCUCCCAGUAUGAGAGCACGCAGCAUUUCAUCGGCUGAAAGGAGGAUGUCAGAGCCUCUGAUCCUGGACUAAACACUUGAAGGAGUUUCAAGGUUUCAGGAGAUAAUCACCUCUUUAUAUUUUGUAGAUUCUUGGCAUCUGAGCACAAAGAGAUAUUUACUGUAGCUUGGUUCUGAUGUUUAUCUCAUUUAAAGUCUUUCACGUUGCAGGAGAGAAUGAUUGUGUUAAAUCAGACAACACUCGAUGCCUGAGAGGGGAAUGAUGUUCGAGGACAGAAUGUGUUGCAUGAGAUUUCUGUGUAUAUGUAUUUCUUCCAGUCCAAUUCUAGAUAUUUCAUUUUCAACAUCAUUCAGAGACUGAGUCAUACUCCCUCCACUUUCUAUUCUCACUGCAGCAGCAGCACAAUAAUCUAUGAUCCAAGGUCAACAAACUGAAAGCUUUCAUUCAGUGUUCUUCGUUUGUGACACAAAGGAAAAGACUCAAAGAAACCAUCUCUAAAUGAUAUCAGAUAUAUUUUUUAAACCAAACAUGUCAUAGAAAAAUCUUUCCAGCAGUUUAUUGCUGUUGCUUCUCUAUCACACAGUAAAGUUCAACGAUACACGACAGGUUUACUCCAUCAGUCAUAUAAAGCUUCCAAAAUGGUUUGAUACAAUGAGGGCGAAAUGGUGACUGUGUUUUGUUUUUCAGUUUAAUAAAAUAACUGAUACAUUAACAGAAGUGACAGAAUUUGGGGAAUGAAUGUAAUGAGUUUGUCGUACAUCAAACACAACAUACGGGUAAGUUCUCCUCAUUUCAAACAGAAUGUACACAUCAAAAAGUAGAAUAUCAGUUCCCACUGAUAACAGUGUGGUUCCCAUGGCCGAGUUUUACUGUGGAAACAUGACAUUGAGUUUCCUAAUAAAAAAAUACACAGUCCUAUACGUAGUAAAGUUGACGUAGUAAAGUAAGUGUUAAGAAAUUAUUUUACUCUUUAAAGGAGAACUUCACCAAUUCUACACAUUAGCGUCUGUUAACGGGUCACGAGGAGAACUAAUUGACUGUGGGAUCUGAUAAA